AUGGCGCGUCCGGAUCUGGGGCAAGUGGUGGCCUGGUAUGUCUGCACUGUGGCGGCGUGCAUCUUCCUGGUCUGUCGCCUAGUGGUCCGCCUGCGGCUCCUGAAGCGGCUUUACCUCGACGACUUGUUCGUUUGCCUGGCUGCCUUGUGUCUAAUCGGCGAUCUGGCAAUCCAACAUUAUAUGUUCAACCAGGGUAGGUGUUUCAAGUAUUGA